AAAACAAUAAAAUAAAAAACCGAAAAUGAGAUUUUUCAGAAAACGACAUGAAAACAGAGUAGGUUGUUAUGGAACCUUCUUCAACCUCCGGCCAGCUUCUGGAGAAGUCCAGUAAAAUCCGACGCUUCCAGAAUCGCCGCAGCUUCCCUUUAAAUCUACACCCCAAAUCUUUCUCUCUCUCUCACUAAAAACCUCAAGAAUCAUCAAGCAAACACCUUUUGCAAAGAGAGAUGUCACACUGUUUAUCCCAAACAGCUCUUUACACUCCCAUUCCUCCGAGUUCAAGAUUUUCCUAUCUCCGGAAAUCUCCCAUCUCCGGCCGAAAUUGUGCCAAGAUUGCGGUCAGGGCCGCGGCGGCGGACGGCCGGGAGAAUCUCGAUCAUUUGCAAAAGCAAAAUAAGCAGCCGCAGCAGCCGCCGGCGGCCAAGAGAAGGGCCGCCCCUGCGGCCCCAAUUGGUUUAUGGGACAGAUUUCCAACAGCUAGGACAGUGCAGCAGAUGAUGGAAACAAUGGAGAGGAUGAUGGACGACCCUCUGGCCUACAGCGGCGGCUGGGCCCCGGCCUCGCCUCCCGCAGAGGCGGCUGGGUACGGGCGGGGGAGGACGCCGUGGGAGAUCAAGGAGGGCGAGUCCGAGUACAAGCUGAGGUUCGACAUGCCGGGCAUGACCAAGGAGGACGUCAAGGUGUGGGUCGAGGAGAAGAUGCUCGUCGUGAAGGCCGAGAAGAAGGGCGGGAACGGGGAAGGCGAGGGCGAGGAGUGGCCGGCUAAGAGCUACGGGAGGUACAGCAGCAGGAUAGCCUUGCCUGAGAAUGUGGAGUUUGAGAAGAUUAAGGCUGAGGUUAAGGAUGGUGUGUUGUAUAUCACCAUACCUAAGGCUAGUAGUAGUGCUAAGGUUUUUGACAUUAGUGUUAAUUGAUUUUGCAAUGGGGAUAUGAAUAGGGAUUUUCUUGUAUUUAAUUUCCACUGUGAAAUGGUGGGAUGGGGCAUGUUUAAAUGUGUGAAACAUGAUCUUGAAAUUGUUAAUGGAAUUUAAGAUAUAUUGUAAUUUAA